AUGGAGAACCAUGACCCUCAACCCAAGCAGGAGCUGGCCCACGGCCAGCAGGGUGCUCGCCAGGAACAGGGAAUGAGCCUCUGGCAGGGUCUCCGUCUUUAUCCCAAGGCCGUUGCCUGGUCCGUUCUGUUAUCCUCGACCCUGAUCAUGGAAGGCUACGAUCUCGCCCUGCUCGGUUCCCUGUACGCGUCCCCGGCAUUCAACCAAAGGUACGGUGUCCAGGCCGCCAAUGGCGAUUGGGGCGUCCCUGCCUCCUGGCAAUCGGCGCUAUCCAACGGUGCUCGCGUCGGCGAGGUGAUCGGUCUGAUCAUCAGCGGUUUCGUCUCUGAGCGCCUCGGCUAUCGGUGGACGAUGAUCUACGCCCUCAUCGCCAUGAAUGCUGUCAUCUUCCUCUUCUUCUUCGCCGUCAACGUCCAAAUGCUUCUCUCCGCAGAGAUCCUGGCCGGUAUACCUUGGGGCAUCUUUCAGACCCUUCCAGCUGCCUACGCAAGCGAGGUUUGCCCCGUCGUCCUCCGCCCCUACCUUACCACCUACAUCAAUAUGUGCUGGGUCAUGGGCCAAUUUAUCGCCGCCGGCGUCAAUCGCGGCUCCUUUCAGCGCAUGGACCAAUGGUCCUACCGCGUCCCUUUCGCUGUGCAAUGGGCCUGGCCCCUCCCCAUCCUUACCGGCAUCCUCUUCGCUCCAGAGUCCCCCUGGUGGCACGUCCGUCGCGGCGAUAUCGCGAGGGCGAAGCACGCCCUGCAACGCCUCACCUCUCCGCAAGAUGCCUCCUUCGACGCGGACGCUACAAUCGCCAUGAUUCAGCACACCAACGAACUCGAAAAAUCCCUGUCUGCCGGUACAAGCUACCUCGACUGCUUCCGCGGCGUUAACCGCCGCCGCACCGAGAUCGUCUGUGGCAUUUGGAUCGUGCAGACACUCAGCGGCCAGAACAUAAUGGGCUACUUCGCAUACUUCUGCGUCCAGGCUGGCCUACCCGAGAUCCAUUCCUUCAACCUCUCGCUUGGCCAGUAUGCCCUUGGUGUCCUCGGCACCAUCGGCUCUUGGUUCCUGAUGUCCGCGCUGGGCCGCCGCACAAUCCACCUCCUCGGCUUGUCGUUGCUCUUCACUCUCCUCAUUAUCACCGGCAGUCUUUCCUUUGCGCCGGACUCCAACAACGCCGCGAAAUGGGCAAUCGGGGCCAUGCUCAUGGUUUUCACAUUAGUCUACGAUAUCAGCAUCGGGCCCGUGACAUAUUCCCUCGUCUCGGAGCUCUCGUCGACGCGUCUAAAGGCGAAAACCAUCAACCUGGCCCGCGCAGGGUACAAUAUCAGCAACAUAGUCGUCAACGUGCUGACGAACUACCAGCUCAACGACUCUGCUUGGGCCUGGGGCGCGCGCUCAGCGUACUUCUGGGCCGGCACCUGCCUUCUUUGUCUGUGCUGGUCAGCGAUGCGUGUCCCGGAGCCAAAGGGCCGCACGUAUGAAGAGCUGGAUCUCCUGUUUGAGCAGAGAGUUCCGGCAUGGAGGUUCAAGAAGACUGCGGUAGAUCCGUACCAGGGCUUGGCUGAGACUGAGGGUCAUGUUAGGGAGGAUCAGCAAAAGAGUAGCUGA